GAGGGACAAAGCCGCGGCGUGAGGCGGGGCGUCGCCACGGGAACCACGGGACGGGGCGGCGGAGGGCGCGUGAUGGAACUCGGCGCGAUGAUCGCCCCGCGGGGUUCCGGCCGCGCUCCGGGCCGACAUGGCCGCAGCGCCGCACUCCCUCACAGAUCCGUCCGUUUCUCCAUACGUUCCUCACACACGCAGUUAUUUGUGUAGACUCCCAGUGCAAAAGCACAGACCGUCAGCGAGGAGCAGGGCCCGGCUGCCACGAGGGCUCCGCUCCGCUCCGCGACCGGAACGACAGAGCCGCGAUGAGCGGGGCUGCGGCAGCGGCGUGGCCGGGAAGGGACGGGCGCGACGCGGGGCUGUGCCGAAGUCAGCCCGUCACCCCACGGCAGAGCUCCGUCCGGAGCCCGCGCUGCAGCGCCGCCUCGAGAGCGGAGCCGUGACGGCGGAGCUCCUUCGCUCCCGUUACGCGGCGCUCCGGGCCCGGCUGUGCGCAGCCGCGGAGGCUGAGGGCGGUGCGGCCCCGCCUGACGGAGUCGUCGCUGCUCUCGGCUCCGUGCCAGGCCGCCCACGGAGCUCCUUCGCAGCGCGACCCGUCCUGGAGGCAGCUCCCGCCUGGGAAACUGGCUCAAGGAGUUACUAUGAAGUGCCCUGGACCUCCACAGACCCCAAGGCUUGCCUGCUUCCUGGAAAAUGCCUUAGUCAGAGAGGCUAGGGUUUGGAAAGUGCCCGUUUUCCAGAACCUUACCCUGAAGGGUACAGAUAUCUCUCCCUCAUGUUAUGAGAAAACCAUACUCUGGAUUGCAGAAAUAAGCUCUCAGUUCCAGCUUCACUCUGAAACUUUUGCUUUAUCUAUCAGCAUCCUUAACCGGUUGUUAGCAUCAGUAAAGGCUCGACUGAAAUAUCUUCAGUGCAUAGCAAUAUCCUGCCUUGUCCUUGCAGCAAAAACCAACGAAGAAGAUGAGGUAAUACCAUCGGUGAAGACGCUUGCAGUGCAGAGUGGCUGUAAACGCUCUCCAGCUGAGAUCUUGAGAAUGGAAAGAAUUAUACUAGAUAAGCUUCACUGGGAUCUUUACACAGCAACACCAAUGGAUUUCCUACACAUUUUCCAUGCCAUGGUGAUGUCCAACUGGCCCCAUCUACUAAACGGGCUGCCUCAGACGAAUCCUUCUCGCCACGUUGCAUUCUUGACCAAACAGCUACAGCACUGUAUGGCUUGCCACCAACUAGUGCAGUUUAAGGGCUCCACAUUGGCUUUGGUGAUCAUCACCUUAGAGCUGGAGAGGCAGACUCCUGAUUGGUUUCCUGUUAUUACUGAUCUGCUAAAAAAAGCACAGGUAACUUGCACUGAAUUCACACACUGCAAAGAGCUCGUGGAUCAAGAGCUAAUGCACUUAGAGCCAUCCAACGCCAUUUAUAUUUUUUGUCCCAUCACUCCAGCCAUCCAGGGCGAUACUGAGGCCAAGUUUCCCUGCUAUUACUCUUCUGAACUGAAGAAUUCUCAUCAAGUGAGGCUGCAGGUCGCUGCAAGGCAGCCAGUUUCAGCGGCUGUCAUGUCUGCUACAGCCCAAAUCCCUGAUGGCACCAUGGAGACAGAUGAAUGCUACGAUGGAUUCAGAUACCUGUACAGUGAGGACAGGGGAGCAGAUGGUGGGAGGGGGCACAUGGGUGGCUUGUGCCCUCAGCUGAGGUCUGGAGGAUGCAGCUCCCCAUGUCCUCCCCUGCAGCCACCUGGAAGGGAAUAGU